AUGCGUCUCUUGCAUUACGAUGGCGAUGGCGAAGGUGAACUGCGACUAACCGAUGUCUUCGUCGAAGAGGGCAAGAUAGCUUCUUACGUCAUCCUCUCCCACACCUGGGCGGAAGUACUUUUGGUCGACACUUGCUGUAUCGACAAGUCCAACAGAGACGAAUUUCAACAUGCAAUCAAGUCCAUGUUUCGUUGGUACCAGCACGCUUCUCGAUGCUAUGCAUAUCUCUACGAUGUCUCAACAUCAGCAUCUAUAACAGUCGAAGGUGAGAAAGUAUCUGAGCUCUCGUGGUAUUCCGCAUUCCGCAUGAAGCUUCUCGCCCCCAGAGUUCUAGUGUUCUAUGCUGAAGGCUGGACGCAGCUUGGAGACAAAGCAUCACUACAGCAAGAGAUACAUGAAAUCACAGCAAUUCCUCUCUCAGCCCUCCAAGGAACCCCGCUAUUUGAAUUCAGCGCCAACGCUCGACUACAAUGGGGACAGAGUAGGCAAACAAAGCUCGAAGAGGACAGGGCGUACUCACUCGUUGGCUUCUUUGGUGUCGAUCUCGCUCCAAUAUAUGAUAUUGGGUACAAGGAGGCGUUUCGACGACUGCAAGAUGAGAUCAAUAAGAUGGAUGCAUGUCUUAGAGACCUUUAUGUCACCGAUCCGCGGCACGACAAGAGACGCAUCGAAGACGCCAAGGGCGGAUUACUGAAGGAUGCUUCCUUGUGGAUCCUAAGUACUUCUGAGUUUCAAGAGUGGUAUAACGGAGAUCAUGACUCGUUGCUGUGGAUUAAGGGAGAUCCUGGCAAGGGCAAGACAAUGCUUGUUUGCAAUAUCGCAAACACUCUGACAGAGGCGAAGAAGAGAACAGAUGUUCUCGCGUACUUCUUCUGUCAAGCCACAGACACUCGCAUAAUUAAUGCUGCAGCUGCUCUCCGUGGCUUACUGUAUAUGAUCCUCGAGCAGCAGCCUUCACUUACGUCCCACGUACAGAAGAAGUACGAACGCGAAGGCCACAAGGCCUUCGAAAAUUCGAAUUCAUGGAUUCUGCUGACGGAUAUUCUAACCAACGUAUUGGGGGAACACUUCCUGCAGACGACAUAUCUUCUCGUUGACGCUCGCGAUGAGUGUGAUAAAGACUUGCCGAAAUUGGUGGACUUCAUCACUCGAAGUUCAUCUUUAUCGUCUCGUAUCCAAAGCCGGUUGGCAAAUGUGGACCGUAACAUAGGGCUGAGCCUUGAGCUGAAUGCUGAGUCCAUAGCGACGGCUGUCAAGUCGUUCAUUCAUCAUAAGGAAUAUGUGGCGGCGAAUGCGCAAGACACAUUCCUGUGGGUAGCGGUGAUAUUCCAGAGCUUUAGGGAAGUGCCGAGACGGCAUGCCGUCUCAAAACUGAGAGCUAUACCAGCUGGUCUUGACGCGCUGUACGAACGAAUGUUGCAGCAGAUCAGCGUUACAGACGAAGCUCACCUCUGCAAGCAAAUACUGGCCAUUGCGGCUGCGGUUUAUCGGCCUGUGACUAUCCACGAGCUCGGUACGCUCCUCCAGCGGGACCUAGACACUCACCCUGAGGAAAUUGUGGAGAUUGUGAGUCUAUGUGGUUCGUUCUUAACGCUCCGAGAAAAUGUAGUUUACUUUGUCCAUCAAUCCGCAGUGGACUUCAUUUCUACAACGGCAUCGCAUACUAUCUUCCCUCACGGUCCAAGAGCGGUCCACCGCAUUAUUUUGUCUCGGUCACUCAACAUCCCCGAUCCACUAAUCACAUGGUGCUACUCUUGCAUAUAUUGGGUAGAUCAUCUUUGCGAAUUGAAUUUCAGUCGCGCUGAUGAUUGUGAUAUCUUUAACGGUGCUGGUGCUGUGGAGAAUUUCUUGAGGCAGAAGUACCUCUACUGGCUGGAGGCACUUAGCCUCUGCCAAAGCCUGCCUAAAGGGGUGAUCUCUAUGACAAAGCUGGCAAACGUAGUACAGGAGAGGACAGUCGCACCUUUGUUAAGUGAGCUUGUCAUUGAUGCAAUGAGGUUCCUGCUAUAUCACAGGACCAUGGUUGAGAUAUAUCCUUUACAGACAUACGUGUCUGCACUCCUGUUCAGUCCGACUCAGAGUCAUAUUCGACAAUUCUUCCAGGAAGACAGACUCCGUUGGGUUACGCCUUUACCAGACAUGGAACCAGAAUGUACCUCUUGCUUACAAACAUUCGAAGGGCACGAUGAGGAUGCCACAAGAAUCAUGUUCUCAGAUGACUCAACUAUCUGGGACACGGAUAUUACGGAUUACUUACAUAUGCUCGAAGGCCACGAUUGCUCCAUUAUCUCCAUAGCCUUUUCUCAAGAUGCAAAUCAGUUAUUUUCGGCCGCAGAAGAUGGGACGAUCAAAACAUAG